GAUCCCUGUCAUAUGACCGUGGUCCACUUCCUACUAGCUUCUCCACUCUCUCCCUGUCUGCGCCUGCUCAUUGGAUCAUCCAAUGCCACUCACAGACCAGUCCAGGUCUGCUCUGCCCUGGCCUUUUCAUUUUCCGGCUUCCUCUGACUCUUCCGAUCCGUCGUCCCUCCCCUCCAUAGCCAUGCCUCUGCGUUCUCCCAAUCUCCUUCCAUCAUUCCUCGUUUCGCUCCUCCUCAUCGUCCUGGCGGUUCCCUCCGCCGCCACAUCCGCAGCCCUCGUCGGCAUCAACUACGGCCGCGUCGCCAACAACCUGCCCCCUCCCGAGUCAGUUCCCCACCUCCUUGCAUCCGUCGGCGUCGGCCGUGUCCGCCUCUAUGACGCAGACCCUUCCGUCCUCCAUGCCUUCGCUAACACCGGCGUCGAGCUCGUCGUCGGCCUUCCAGACCGCUGCCUCCCCUCCGUCGCUGCCGAUCCCAAUGAGGCCCUCGCCUGGGUCCGCACCCACAUCCAGGCAUUCCACCCCGCCACCAAGAUCUCCUCCGUCACUGUCGGUAACGAGGUCCUUACUGGGGCCAACUCCUCCGCGCUCUCCGGCUGCCUCGUCCCCGCCAUGAACAACCUCCAUUCCGCCCUCGCCUCCCUCGGCCUCGACCGUGAAGUCAUCGUCACCUCCGCCCACUCCCUCGCCGUCCUCGCUACCCCCUCCUACCCCCCGUCCAACGCCGUCUUCCGCCCCGACCUCCUCACCUACGUCCGCCCCCUCCUUGCGUUCCACGCUCACACCGGGGCGCCUCUCUUCGUCAACGCCUAUCCCUACUUCGCCUACGCGGAGGACCCCUCCGGCGUCGCGCUCAACUACGCCCUCCUCGAUCCAGCCUGCCCCACCUUCACCGACCCUGCCACCGGUCUCCGAUACACCAACCUUCUCCACGCCCAAAUCGACGCCGUCUACCACGCCAUUUUCGCGGCCAUGUCCGCCAAAGGCAGCGCCGUGGAGGUGCGGAUCUCGGAGACAGGGUGGCCGUCAGCGGGCGACGCCAACGAGACGGGGGCUACGCUGGCUAACGCCGAGCGGUACAGCAACAACCUAAUGCGCCUGGUGGCGGCGCAGAAGGGUACACCGCUGGUGCCGGGGACGCCCCUACGUGCCUACGUAUUCGCCCUCUUCAACGAGAACCAGAAGCCGGGACCGUCAUCGGAGAGGAAUUACGGCCUCUUCAAGCCAGAUGGCACUCCGGUAUACAAUAUCGCCGGCCUGACGCCGCACCAGGGCGGAAACUCCAAUUCGACGGCCGGAUUAGGCGGAUCCGGCGGCGGGCUCGACGGCGAGUCCGGAUAUUUCAGCAUAUCCGCGUCAACAACGAUCUCGCCAUUGCACUCGAUUUUAACGGCGAUCGCAGCAGCAGUAACAGCGUUGCGUAUCCUCUCGUAGUUCGCCUGGAGCAGGAGGAUGAGCUCAGCAUUAGGUCAUUUUCCUGCCGUUGGAAUUUGUAGAUGCCUGUUGUUAUGCCUGUUGUUACUCUAUGCCUGCCGUUACUCUUCCUAUUCCCCUUGUAUUUUUGGUCAAUAAUUGAUGCUGCUGUUGAAAUUGAAGCUGCUGUAGUAGUGCAGUGUUGUCAGACUUGCUACGGGCCUACGGCUGUGUGUGGCUGGGGCCCAGCUCAGUGUAGCAUUGUGCGCCUCUUUUUUUUUAAAAUUUAUCUUUGUUUCUUUGUGAAUUGUUAUUA